GUUAACAUUUACUGUUAAAAAUUAACAACAAUCAUACGCGCACGUUGCUUAGCACGUUUAAUAUAAACGAUGCGCAAUCUUAAGCUACAAUAUUGCAAGGAGCAGAAAACAGGUGUCAAGAAUGCCAGGCAACUGUUGCUACAACCUGAUUUGGAUGUGGUGUAUGCAAUCUCUGAGGAUAAAGUGUAUGCCAUAAACAGUGUUGGAGAGGGGGAUGAAGUCGAAGAUGUUAAGACAGUUGUGGAAUUGCCGGACAUAGUAGGCGCCGAAUUCCUACAGCUGGAAAAUGUGUUGUGUGUGGCCACUGCUGCAGGCGAGGUAAUGCACAUAAAUCCCGACACAUUAGCCAGCAGUGAGGGCACCUUUUGCGAUGUGGGCAUUGAGUGCAUGGCCUGGUCACCCAACCAGGAGGUGGUAGCAUUUGUUACCAAAACAAAAAAUGUGGUGGUAAUGACGUGUAACUACGAAUUGUUGGGCGAACAACCGCUAGAUGAGGGUCUGGCCAACGAUCAACAGUUCGUUAAUGUGGGCUGGGGCAAAAAGGAAACACAAUUCCAUGGCACAGCUGGCAAGCAGGCAGCCAAGCAGUCUGCCGCAUUCAAACCGCCCACAGAUGUGGAGAGUUUGCCACAGGACAUAUGCAUUUCUUGGCGCGGUGAUGGCGCCUUGUUUGCUGUUAGCUAUGUGGCCGUGCAGGUGGGACGCACCUUUAGCGUUUAUGACUGCGAGGGCAAGCUGCAGCAUACGGCGGAGAAAUGGAAUGGACUGCAGCCGGCGCUGGCUUGGCGUCCCAGUGGCAACUGGAUAGCUAUGCCGCAACAGCACGCAGACAACAAAUCAACAGUGGCAUUGUUUGAAAAGAAUGGCCUGCAUCAUCGUGAGUUUCAGCUGCCAUUUGAUUUACAAGCAGAGCCAGUGCAGCAGCUACACUGGAGUGCGGACUCAGAUAUAUUGGCGGUGCAGACCAGCACAGCGGACGAGCAGCAGCACAUUUAUCUCUACACCAUAGGCAACUACCAUUGGUAUCUGAAGCAGUUACUCAGCUUUAAGCGCAGCGAUCCGUUGGCUUUAUGCCACUGGGACAAUCGUCUCGGUGAACAACAUACGCUGCAUGUGCUGCUGGAGAGCGGCAAGCAUUAUACCUAUCGCUGGAACUUUGCAGUUGAUUGCCAGAUGCACAGCAGCAGUGUCUAUGUCAUUGAUGGCAAGCGCUUGCUAGUGACAGACUUUUCCAAAGCAGUUGUACCACCGCCCAUGUCGCAGAAAGUCAUAGAGCUGGAAAACUGCAUCAAUCAUGUAAACAUAUACUCGUUUAUGGUCUUUGCGCUUGACAGUGAGCGUGUGCUGCAUGCCAUUAAACAUAAUGAGCAGAAGGUGCAGUUGCUGCCCGACGAGCAGAUGCUGCAGUCACAGCUGCAGCUGGCGCAGCUGACAAAAUGUCGCGGGCACUACUUUCUGGCCACGCAGGUUGUCGCUCAGCACACACGUGUGCUGCUCAUCGAAGCGUCCUUCAAUACAAUACGCAGCUAUAGUUUGUUAAGCUCGCUGCGCAUUAAUGGCACCGUCAAUGCGCUAACUGUGGACACAGAUCAUGCCAAAUUCAAUACCUGCUAUGUGCACACCAGCAACAGUGGGCAGAUCUAUGAGCUGGCCAUAGACUUUGAAGCCAAGAAGCUGCAGCCAACGCGCUGCUUUACACAGCUGCCGCAGCCAGCGGAUCGCAUUGAAUUGUACUUGUAUCGUGAAUUGCAUACGAGCAUUGACGAUUUUAAUGAAAUACGUCCAGCUGCUACAAUUGUGGGCUUUCGGGCGCAGCGCUGCUUGCACAUACGUGGCAAUGAUGUCCACUUCGAUGCCGAGGGUGUGACGUCUUACUGCUUCGCAGGCGAAUAUUUGGUUUAUACGCGACUGAACACUUUGCACUUUGUGCAUAUGCGCGAUGGUCGUGAAGUUGAUACACGCAACAUAGAACGCGGUGGCAAGCUGGUGGCGCAUGCGGGCAAUGAACGUUUGGUGCUGCAGCUGCCGCGUGGCAAUCUGGAGGUCAUAUCGCCGCGCGUCCUAGUGCUGGCUACUAUCAAAUUUAUGAUAAACCAUCAUGUAGAGGGCAAAAUGAUUUCAUAUAUUGAUCUGAUGCGCAAGCAUCGCAUUAAUAUGAACAUUAUUUGUGAUCACAACCUGUCGGAAUUUCUUCAGAACUCUGCAAGAUUCGUCGAGUCCGUUAAAAACACACAGUUAUGUUUGUUCAUCAGCGAGCUGCAGAAUGAGGACUUUGCACUGGGCAUGUAUUCAAGCAACUAUGAGCCCAAGGAGCUCCAAUAUCCGCCAGAAUAUAGUGUGGAGCGUAAAGUGACCAUCAUUUGUAGACUAUUCUGUCAAAUUCUGAAGCCAUUGAAGGGCUACAAGGAGUCCCUAAUAAUGUGCCAUGUCAAGCUGGGCCAGCUGGAGCAAGCGCUAUUGUUAAUCUGGCGGAAAUACAAAUGUUCGCCAGAUGAGGCAGAGCAGCUGUUUAAGUAUUUGCUCUACUUGGUGGAUGUCAAUGAGCUGUACGACAUAGCGCUGGGCACCUAUGACUUUGCGCUGGUGCUGUUUGUGGCACAAAAGUCUCAAAAGGAUCCCAAAGAGUUUCUGCUGCGGCUGAAUGAAUUGAAGGCGCUGCCCACACCAUAUCGUUACUUCAAAAUUGAUGAGCAGCUGAAGCGCUAUGAGCACGCCGUGGAGCACUUGGCUGCCUGCGGCGAGCAGCAUUACGAGCUGGCCAUGGAUUUCAUUAAGCAGCAUCAGCUCUACCGCAAGGCCCUGACCUGCUAUCAGCAGCAAACAGAGUUUCAUCAACGUGUCUGCGUGGCCUAUGCAGAUCAUUUGCGUGCCAACGCACAGCUGGAGGCGGCUAGCAUUAUGUAUGAACGUGGCGGACAAUUGCAGCAAGCACUGCUAAGCGCACGCCACACCCUCGACUGUCAACGCGUGCUGCUGCUGGCGCAGCGUGCGGGCGAAGAAUCACUUGAGCAGGUGGCCAAUUCGUUGGUAGCGCCGCUGCAGCAACAGCAGCGACAUCUGGAAGCUUAUGAGCUGGUCAAACAGUUUGCGCCGUCGGACAGUGAGCAGCCGCUACAGCUGCUGCUAGAAGGACGACUCUUUGGGCGUGCCAUACACGAGGCAUGCAGGCUGGAGGCGCAGGGUGCCACAGAUAUAAUGGCAAACUAUGUGCAGCCCGCACUGCUUGACUAUGUAGAGAUAUUGGAGAAUACGCUGCAAGCGGAUCGGCGACUAUUUGUGAAUUACAAGCAGCGACUGCUGGAUAUACGUAAACGCCCGGCGACAGCAAAUGAUAUGGACGUCGUUGGUGAUGACAUUGAUGAGCUGGAUUUGCUUUCCGAUACAAGCAGCAUGCGCUCAUCGCGCUACAGUGGCAGCCAAAGCUCACGUGGCUCAGGCAAAACAUUUCGCUCGAGCAAAAAUCGCCGCAAGCACGAACGCAAACUGCUUAGCCUGAAGCCAGGCAACCCCUUUGAAGACAUUGCGCUCAUCGAUGCGCUGCACAAUCAUGUCACGAAGCUGAUGCAGCCGUCCCAGCAGCAGCUAGUGCGUGACACAUGCAAAGCAUUGCUCCAACUCCAUACAGAGGAUGAGCGCGCGUCGCAGUUGCAGCGUCUAUAUCAAAGCAUUGUUACCCAAUUGCAGGAUGCGCUGGAUGAGAUUUGGAUUCCAGAAUUAAUGGGCGGCACUGCCCAGCAUUUGACCGGACCCAAUAUUGACUUUUUGGCAUUGCGCAAGGAGCAGCGUUAUGCUUUAAUAACUCCCUUGAAGCGCUUCAAACCCCAGUUAAAUAUAGUGGAUUGGCAAUUUGAAAUGCUGCAGUAGUUAUCGUUAUUUUUUUUAUCAAUCAUGUUAGUUUCUAUCAACUAUUUGGCAUGUAAUGCAUUUUUACUUUCUAUGCAAAUGCCGUGGACCGAAA